AUGUCCGCUUCUUCUGCCGCGUCUUCCCCUUAUCCAACAACCGUGCCUGAGACACUCAUUGCCACCCGGAUCAACGUCCUGGAAAGACUCCUUUUUCGGGAGAUUGUACUUCAUCAAUCAACCCAGUCCAUGCUGAGGGAAUCUCAGGCCUACUGCAAGACGUGGCAGCAUGUAUACGCUGACGCUCAAUCUGACCUCCACAAUGUGCAAGUACAGCUGUCCGCUGUCGACCUGGAAAGACUUCUUCAUCGGGAGAUUGUACUUCAUCAAUCAACCAAGUCCAUGCUGAGGGAGUCUCAGGCCGACUGCAAGACAUGGCAGGAUGCACACGCUGAAGCUCAAUCUGACCUCCACCAUGUGCAAGUACAGCUAUCCGCUGUCGACAAGGCGGCUCGUGAGGUUCUCCAUGAGAACGUCAGGCUUAAUGGCACCAUCGACCGCAUUGCACCAUUCAGAGGAAUCACUCCCGCAAAUUCCGAAUACAGCGAAGUAGCCGUGGAGGAAUGCACAUACAGGAAUGCUGGGGGUCUAUCCGCGACAGGGGAGAUUCCUAUCACUAUUGACUGGAAAUAA